AUGGCAUUUUUUGGGUCGUCGCUAGCGUCGCGGUCGUCGCUGUUCCUUCGGCUCACGUACCUCGACGCUUUAAAGACGCUAGCCCCCGUGGAAGUUCAGUUCGCCGCAUUGCCGAUCUUGCUUCUACUUCUCUGGACGUUGGCUAGCAUUGUGCUUGUACUGUGGUCGAGGUCGAGACAGCCCGGGAAUUCUACUCCAUCACCAACUGUUGCAAACUCCACAGGCAUUGUCAAGGUCUCGGUAUCGACCAAGGUCAUCGGGUUAUCCAGUGGGCGCAUCCGCUCAGAACAACACAGACUUGUUGAGAGAAGGGAUUCAAGGCUAGGCGUGAAUCUCGCUGUGACCAUGAUACUACUUAUUCCAUGCGUAUUGCUCUUGCUUGGACACGUUCGGCUCAUCUGUGCCAUCCAUGACGGGUACCAUGCUGCUGAGCGCUCGAUACUGCAGUCAUCCGACUCUACAGACUUGCUAGAUGUGUUUCAGGUCUAUCAACCCGUCACAUUCGCACCACAAGGUGACAAUGGCUGUGAUCUUGAUCUCUUAUUGAUGGAGCAUGUCUUUGGCGCAAGCUAUGGCGAGCCAUUCGUUGGAACCUACGAACCUCCGAGUUGCAAGUUUGACACCGUUCAAAUCAAUAUGACGGUCACUUCAAGGGGCCGCCAGUAUGACCGGCUGGCGCUCAUGUAUCUGGGAGAUGCAGAGGUCUUCCGCACUUCGACCGCUGAGCCCACAUCUACGGGAAUCGUGUGGACAUAUAUUAAAGAGAUGUCGCAGUACAAUGCCCUGUGGCAGCAGCAGCAAAAGUUGAUUUUUGACCUCGGCAAUAUCAUCACGGAUGUCUAUACUGGGUCCUUCAAUGUUACGCUAACAGCACACUUCUCCUACACAAAGAAUGCGAGAACUGCAGAUGUCAUCCUGCCCAUUUCGGCCAAACAGUCGGCUUCCAACUCGUCAAGCGCGUUCACAGUGCCAAGCGAUAAUACAACCGUCUCCUACACGAUCCCUGCUGCGGCAUCGCGUGCUGUUGUUGCCAUUUCCGCCUGCGGCCAAUCGCAGGAGGAAUUCUGGUGGUCGAAUGUCUUCUCUGAAGAUACAGAGGAUUUCACUGAUACUGUCGGUGAACUGUAUGGAUACUCUCCUUUUCGAGAGAUUCAACUUUACAUCGACGGGAUUCUGGCUGGCGUCGUUUGGCCUUUCCCCAUCAUUUUCACUGGAGGCGUCGCGCCGGGCUUUUGGCGGCCAAUUGUCGGCAUUGACGCUUUUGAUCUUCGGCAGCCGGAGAUUGAUAUCUCGCCUUUCCUUCCACUACUUCAAGACGGCCGGGAACAUUCGUUCGAGAUUCGCGUUACCGGCCUGAAUAUCACUGCGGAUGGAACUGCCACUUUGGCUGGUACUGUGGGCUCAUACUGGAUAAUCACUGGCAACAUAUUCCUUUACACCGAUGAUGAAACAAGUUCCAAGGACCUGAUCUCCCACAAAAGCACCUUUCCGCUGGUGGAUGCUCCUGCACCCAAGUUCACCGUCACCCGACACCUGGUCCCCAGUAAGAUAGGUGGAAAUGAUACUCUGUCAUAUUCUGUGACGGCAGAGCGCACCUUCAUUGUGUCCUCCGCCAAGUACUCAUGGUCGCAGAAGCUCUCCUUUUCCAACUAUGGCUCCCUCAACCAGCAAGGAUACAGCCAAGUCAACAAGCAACUCACAUCAGGAAAGGUCGCCAUCACUGAGCUCGGAGAUAAGCCAACCUCCAGCGAAACCACGUUUAGCUACCCUCUCCUCGUCAACGCCACGUACGGAAUCACCUCGAACUCCCUGACAAUCGAUGCCUGGAUGAAACGCGGCCUCGAGAUAGACUCUUCGGGCGGCCCAGGCAUAUCCACCUACACACUCGUCUCUGGCCCAUCCCAGCUCCACACAACACAGUCCGGCAAAGCUCAGUACAAAUCGGUCACGGGAGCGAGCUCAAUUUCUUGGGGUAAUACCGCUGAUGAGUUUCACGGUACUGCGAAUGGAGAGGCGUACUCCCGGUCUGUCAGGGCCGUCAACGGGAGUGUGGUGUAUGAUACACAGCCUGGUACGAAGGCUGUGUCAGUCCAUGAUAUGACCGCGCUGGGCAGGGGUAGCGUGCGGAGUAUGCUGGGGAGGGGACCUGGUAACCCAGCGAGUUCAUAG